AUGGUGGGUGCACAGGUUACGGUACGCAGGUUAGAGGUUAUCGGUUUGUCCGACUAACUCCCUCCUGUAGACAAGAUUGAGCGAUAAGGCUGAAAGACUCGAAGCACCGAAGUACAAGCACUUCAGGUCACGUGGAGGGCUGAUUCCAGGUGACGUGACAGGUGGGGGAGAGCUGCAGAGAUUCCAGACUGUCCACACCGCCCUUUGAUUUACAACAAAACAGAUGACAAGCCUGGCAGCAGUCAGCACACUACUGGUGCUUCUGGCCUGGAUGGGAUCACAGGAUGAGGCUGCGGCCUUGCUGGUUGACGACUGCCCGACAGAGGCCUGCACCUGCCAAAGCCACUCCGUGCACUGCAGCAAGCAAAACCUAACGGUAGUACCAGACUUCCGGCAGACCGGGACACGGUUCUACUCCCUGGAGCUCGCGGACAACGCCAUCACCCACGUCGGAGCAUCUGCAUUUGCCAGCGUCAGCACCACCAUUCUGGAUCUCAGCAACAACCCCAUCAGAACUUUCCACGAUGAUGCCUUCCUGGGUCUGGAGGACAUCCUGGAGGACCUGGAACUUAACAACUGCACCUUAGUGUCUCUUCCGGCCUCCAUCGGAAACCUGCGGAGACUCAAGACAUUGAACAUCCGCCAUAAUCCUGCUCUGACUGCUCUUCCCAGCUCUGUCAUGACUACCAUUGGCAUUACCUUGGAAAACAUCGACUUCAGCAACACUGGCAUUUCAACCUGGCCGGCUGCUCUGUCUUCAAACAUCAGACUGAAGAAUCUCCGGGCAUCCGGAAAUAAAAUACCCCGUAUUCCUAAUGAUGCUUUCCUAGCGUUUGCAGCCACUCUGCAGACUCUAGAUAUCUCCUAUAAUCAGCUGACUGCAUUCCCAGAUGCUAUCAAUGAGCUCAGGUCGGUCAAAACCAUCGACCUUUCCUUCAAUAAUCUAGUCACUAUCCCUCCGGGGAAGUUCACUAACUGCAGGUACACUCUCUCAACUCUGUACCUCGUUCACGUGUUUUUUCGGGAAAUACCCCAUGGUCUCCAGGACCUGGCAGCCAUCAAGAAUCUUUACCUCUCAUACAAUCCUAUCAACACAGCUCAGGAUGAUGUAUUCCAUGGAUUAAUUUCAACUUCUUUACAGGUACUGCACCUAGACCACAGUCUACUUGCGACUGUGCCAAAGGCCUUGAACAGCUUGACAGCGUUACACGAACUGAAUAUCACCAACAACCGUCUGAGCACCGUGGACAACUUUGCCUUCAGCGGUCUGCACAAUCUGGAAGUCCUCUACCUGGAUAACAACCCAAUCACCAACGUCAAGACUGCGGGCUUUAGUGGACUGAGCAAACUGAAAAAACUUUACAUCCGCAACACUCCACUCUCCUACGUCCCCAACUCAGCCUUCUCCUACACCCCUGACUCCACCCCGUCUGUGGCUUCUGUCCUGCAGGUGCUGGACUUGUCCAACAAUAAGAUCACCCAGCUCUUUGAGUACGGUUUUCCUGGAAUGACAAGCCUUCAAGAAGUAACUUUUUCUGGGAACCCGUUGUCCAACGUGUCUGCGAACGCCUUUGAGGAUCUGACCAACGUGCAGAUGCUGAAUUUUGAGCAUUGUCAGCUCACAAGCGUCCCCCAGGCUGUGCGUGUCAUGCCACGACUGCGCAGAAUCCGUCUGGAAGGCAACAACAUUGAGUGCUCAUGCCAAACUCUGGCUUGGGUUGAGAAAUGGAGGGAGACUUCUGGGCUCAUUGCUCAACUUGAUGGGCAUUGUGCCAACUCCACCCGCUUCAUUCAAGAUUUUGUGGAUACUGAUGCCCGCUCAUGCCCAUGAAGAUGUCUGGUCAUUCAUUCCCUGUGUUCCAUAGACUGAUCUUGGCAGCGUCUUUCAAAUGUCCUGCCAUUCUUUAUUGUGCCAAACAGUCUGAAACAAUCAAGUCUAUCCUUACCUUUCUCAUGGCAAGAAAUACGAAUCGCUAGCAAGCAGCCUGAUUAGAUUUUUAGAAAUGCUGUGCAUUCUUUUAACUGGAGUUGCUCUCUUUGUGAUGAGAAUGUGAAUGAUAAACAUUUCAACACUCUGCACUGUUAACCAAAUUGAACAUAUAAUGGCAAAUCCUAUGUUUUCAACUUUGUCAGUAAACAUAGCUCCAAGUCUUUACUGAU